AUGGCGACGCGGCUGGUGCAUGCGCCCAAAGUGACCAGCGAUCCGUACGGGGCGGUGUCUCCGCCGCUGUACCAGACGGCGACAUUUGAGCAGGUGAGCGCGGUGGAGUGCGGCCGCUACGACUACUCGCGCUCCGGCAACCCCACGCGCACCCAGCUGGAGGCCCACAUCGCCCACCUCGAGGGCGCGGCGCGGUCGUUUGCGUUUGGCAGCGGGAUGGCGGCGCUGUCGGCAGUACUGCGGCUGGUGCGCAACGGCGAGCACGUGGUGGCGGGCGACGACAUCUAUGGUGGCACCUCGCGCCUGCUCACGCGCGUCGCCCCAGACCUCGGCAUCUCCGUCACAAACGUGUCCACCACCGAGACCGAGCCUUUGCGGCAGGCGAUCAUCCCUGGGAAGACGAAGCUCGUGAUGCUCGAGUCGCCCACCAACCCGCGCAUGCAAAUAUGCGACAUCGCCGCGCUCACAGCCAUUGCCCAUGAGGCUGGCGCUCUUGUGGUGGUGGACAACAGCAUCCUGGCGCCCACCUUCCAGCAGCCGCUGGUGCUGGGCGCUGACAUCGUCAUGACAUCAGCCACCAAGUUCAUCGCCGGCCACUCUGAUGUCACCGGGGGACUGCUGUCCGUUAGAGACCCCGAGCUCGCCGAGCGCGUGUACUUCUACCAGAAUGCGGAGGGCAGCGGGUUGGGCCCAUUCGACUGCUGGCUGGCCAUGCGCGGCCUGAAGACGAUGGCGCUGCGAAUGGAGCGGCAGGCGGCGAGCGCUGCGCUGAUCGCUCGCUGGCUGCAGGCCCACCCGCUGGUGCGCAAGGUCAACUACCCGGGCCUCCCCAGCCACCCGGGCCACGCUGUGCACGCUGCGCAGUCCUCCAGCGGCGGCUCCCUGCUCAGCUUCGAGACCGGCAGCAUUGAGGCGAGCCGCACGGUGGCGGAGCAGGCGCAGCUGUUCAAGAUCACGGUCAGCUUUGGCAGCGUCAGCUCGCUCAUCAGCCUGCCCUGCUACAUGAGCCACGCCUCCAUCCCGGCCGCCCUGCGCGUGCAACGGGGCCUCCCGGACGACCUCGUCCGCAUCUCCGUCGGCAUCGAAGACCCCGCCGACCUGCUCGCCGAUCUUGACCAGGCGAUGAGGAAAGCAAUGGAUGCAAUUGGCAUGACUGCAGCCGUCCCAGGGUUCCAGCUUGAUGGGUUUACAGGCAGUCAGCGAGAGCGACAGCUUCUGGACAGGAUAGCACAGCUUGAGGCACAGCUGCAGCCAACAUGA